AUCGGAUACCGAUUGCACACAGAGCCCAAAGAUGAAAGCAAUAAUUCUUGCUAUUGCUUUGUGUUACGCUGUCACAACUGCCCAGGCCCACUGGCACCCUAAUGGAAACAUGAACAACGGCGAUGGUUAUGAUACGGGAGGCUGGAGUGGCUGGAGUGACUGGACUGGAUGGAAUGGAUGGACUGGAUGGAGUGGCUGGAAUGACUGGAAUGGAUGGCAUGGAAUGGCUGGAUGGAGUGGAUGGAAUGAAUGGAAUGACUGGACUGGAUGGAAUGGCUGGAGUGACUGGACUGGAGAUAACUAUAACAGAGGACACCGUGCCCGGGGCAGGAGAAGAUACUAACAAGGAUAAAACCUCCGCAGAAGAAGCUAAAAAUACAUUAGCUGAAAUUAAAAACUGGUGUAAAUUUUCUUACAAGUUUUAUAACUUUCAAAAAGUUGUUUUUUUUCUUUUCAUUAUGUUAGUCCCCA